AGUGUUUCGUUGUCUGAUCGAAUGGUCGCGCGCAUUUGAUCUCCAGACGAUCGUCGCUUGUCGGUACGUCAUGCUUCCACCACCGCCUUCUGAAGUCCGUAAUACAUCUCUAUCUCCUAGUCGUCUAGUCUACUAUUGUACAGAUAUGGACACAAAGAGAGUCACCUCCACAGUCGAUGUCACUGUGGCCAUCCCAUUUCCACGGCGGCCGGCGGUCCCUGGUGGCGUCAAAAUCUCGGCAUCUUCCUUUCCACUCGUUUCGUCUGAUGCUCUCUGGACAUGGACGAUCAAACUUGAAGUAACAGAAGGAAAACCCAAUUCUUAUCGUCUGAAAGUAUUGUGUUCUGCCAGUGACCGGAACAAGAUUGUCACUGGUCGAUCACGACCGUCAGCUGAAACUAUAAUUCCUUGGGGUGGCUACAUUGAGUACUGGUACCCUAAGAAUACGAAGAGGUUCACCCUGUCCACUGUUGGCCGUGCCUUGGAUAUGCCUUAUGAAGUUUUCACACAAGAAUAUCCAUAUAAUACAUAUGAUGGGUAUCCUGUAGAGGCUACAUUUAAGAUUGAUCUGAGAUUGACUUCCAUGCAAAAGGUAAAGCCGCAGCCAGAACCUGCAUUCAGCGGUGUUUGCCUGCUGACUAAGAGUCUAGACUCCCUCCUUGAGUCGGGCCUAAUGUCAGACGUGAAGCUUUGCACCGAUGGCCAAGAGAUACCCGCCCACUGCUGCAUACUGGCUGCUCGCAGCGAGUUCUUCAAAGUAAAGUUCAAACCUGAAUGGGAUGGAAUUGGAAACGCUCUUGUUGAUGUCAGUGAUGUGUCUGUACCUACCCUGAAGGAAAUGCUCAGGUACAUCUACACAGGGAGUCUUGGAAAGAAUGUUGAUAUGACAAAACUGCUCAUAGCUGCAGACCAGUAUCUGGUAACAGAUUUAUGCAAUGAGGUCAAAGAGCGAUUAAAGUACAGUUUGGAAUCAAAUAGCAGCACAGCUCCCUCUGUCUGUUGCAACUUGCUGAAAACAAGUGCCACAAACAACAGUCCAUCUUUGAGGAGGGUUGUACUGCAGUACCUACAAGCACAUCGUGAACAGAUUAUGAAGUCUAAAGAGUGGGAAGAAUUCCAGAUAGGCAACCGCCAGGUGGCUGCAGAAGCCGUUCUCGACAUGUACAACCUUCGUGAUUAGCUCUCAUUAUGCUUCAAACAACCUAAACUUAAUCAGCCAUGAAUCUAUUAAUAAUUCCAAAAUAUGAACAGAUAAUAUUCUUGUUGAAAAAUUUGCACAUGUUUUUUCAUAUUUUUAAUUGUACUUUUGUUUCGAUUUAUUCUUUAAAACGAAUAAAAUGUGAAAUAAGUAUGA